AUGGUGUCCCUUUAUUAUGAGUCGCAACUUCUUGCAACUAUUGGCAUCACAUUUCUCUUGUCAUGUAUUGUGGUUCCACUUGACUCAGCCUUUCUAGCGUCAGAAGGCAAGGCUUUGCUUGAGAGUGGAUGGUGGAGCAACUGCAUCAAUCUCCCUUCAGAUCAUUGCAGGUGGCCUGGAAAUUUGGGGAAGCUUGAAGAGUUACAUCUUAGUCAUAAUAAUCUUGUUAGUUCAAUUCCUUUGGAAAUAGGUAAUUUAGGGAAGCUUAAAGAGUUAGAUCUCGGUCAUAAUAACCUCGUUGGUUCAAUCCCUUUGGAAACAAGUAAUUUAAGGAAGUUUGAAGAGUUAGAUCUCGGUCAUAAUAACCUCGUUGGUUCAAUCCCUUUGGAAAUAGGUAAUUUGGGCAAGCUUAAAGAGUUAGAUCUCACUCGCAAUAACCUU